CCUCCGCUGGAUGUGAAAGAAGACAAGAGAAACAUUAUUACUGCUUUCGCGUCACGCUCGUCAUGACUUCUCUCACAGGGAAUAAAGAGAGGUCUUCUGCUACGGCAAGGAGCCGAAAAUAUGCGAUCAUUGAUGACUCCCCGACGAAAUCAGCGUCUUACUCUCCCGAGAUGUGGUAUCGGAAGACGUGUGAAGAAUCCCGGUCCGGAACCCGCCCAGCCCCGGAAGGUGCGGGGUCUAUACCCGGUUCGUCUGGCACUCCUUCUCCCGGAUCUGGCAUUUCCUCCCCAGGCUCCUUCACUGGAUCUCCGGGCACCACAUCCCCGGGUGUGUGUACGGGUUCCCCGGGCUCUCUGGGCGGUUCCCCGGGGUUCGGGACUGGAUCACCCGGUUCGGGUAGUGGCAGCUCACCGGGAUCGGACCGAGGCGUGUGGUGUGAGAACUGCAACGCGCGGCUCAUAGAGCUCAAAAGACAGGCUCUGAAGCUUCUCAUCCCCGGACCCUUCUCCAGUAAGGACCCCUCUUUCCCUGCACUGCUCAAUGACAAGCUCCAGGUGCCCAACAGUGCUCGCAAGGCAUGGAACGAGCGCGAUGGCCGCUGUGAUGUCUGUGCAACCCACCUGAGCCAGCUGAAGCAGGAGGCCGUCUACAUGGUACUGUCUCUGGAGCAGGCUGCCUGCCCCGAGGGCUCUGAGCACUCCCCCAGCUCCCCCCAACCCCUUGCCAGCCUGCCCUCACUGGUGGGCUCACGCAACAUCCUUCAGGGAGUGCCGCGGGACCGUGCCCAGCCCUCUGCCGCAUAUCCCUCACCCAGCUGUGGUGGCCCUGGGCCAGCCCCCGCAGGCUUCUCCAAGCAUGGCCCCAAACCAAGCAGUCUAGGAGUUGGCAGUGGGGUGGAGCGAAGGGUAGGGAAAACAGGAGCACAAAUUCCACCCCAGCAGCCCACGGUUCCCAGCAACGUUCUUAGCUCAGUGGCCCUACAAGCCCACCAAUACCUGGAAAGCACAUGGUCCAUGUCCCGGGCCAAUGGAGUCACCCUGUACCCUUGCCAGAUCUCCCAGCUGGUUGCAGAGGGAGGCAGUGAUGGACUGACAGAGGCCACUUUGAACCGCUACAAUGCAGACCAUCCGGUUCCACACAGCUCACCUGCCCAAAAUGCUCCACCAGUCAUCGCAGCACCCUCCAGUGGCACCUCUGCUGCUGCCUCUUUCUUUGCCAGAGCGGCACAGAAGCUGAACCUGUCUUCAAAGAAGAAGAAGCCUCGAACCACACCUUCACCUGCAUGUGAUCCGCCCUCCUUCCCCACCAACUUCAGUGGGAUCCUGCAGACCUCUCCACCCCCUGCUCCACCCUGCCUUCUCCGAGCUGUCAACAAGGUCAAAGACACCCCUGGACUGGGCAAGGUGAAGGUGAUGCUGAGAGUGUGUCCAAUCCUGUCCUCUGACACCUCAGAGUCACGCUCUUUCCUCAAGGUGGACUCAAGAAAGAAGCAAGUCACCAUUAUGGACCCAGCUGCCAACCUAGGACAGGGUGCCCAGCAGAAAAGAGCUGGUGGCAGCCAGAGCUCACCCAAAAUUUUUGCCUUUGAUGCCACUUUCUCCCAUGAGGCUUCCCAGGCGGAGGUGUGUGCUGGCACGGUGGCCGAAGUCAUCCAGUCUGUGGUCAAUGGGGCUGAUGGCUGUGUGUUCUGUUUCGGACACGCAAAACUGGGAAAGUCCUAUACCAUGAUUGGGAAAGAUGACUCCACACAGAGCUUAGGCAUCAUCCCUUGCACCAUUUCCUGGCUCUUCAAGCUCAUCCAUGAGAGGAAGGAGAAGACAGGAGCUCGCUUUUCUGUACGGGUCUCUGCUGUGGAGGUCUCGGGAAGGGACGAAGUCCUCACGGACCUGCUCUCUGAGGUGGCCACAGGCAGUCUACAGGAUGGCCAAUCCCCUGGUGUCUACCUGUGUGAGGAUCCCAUCUGUGGAAUGCAGCUUCAGAACCAGAGUGAGCUCCGAGCCCCCACCCCAGAGAAAGCGGCCUACUUCUUGGAUGCUGCCAUCGCCGCACGGAGCAGUAGCAGGCCUAGCUGUGGGGAGGAGGAGCGCCGCAACUCGCACAUGCUGUUCACAUUGCAUGUAUACCAAUACCGCAUGGACAAGGCCAGCAAAGGAGGCAUGUCUGGGGGCCGAAGCAGACUGCACCUCAUUGAUCUGGGGAGCUGUGUGAAGGUGCUUAGUAAGACCCGUGAUGUUUCUGGCGGGCUCUGUCUGUCUCUUUCUGCCCUGGGCAAUGUCAUCCUGGCUCUGGUCAACGGAAGCAAGCACAUCCCCUACAAGGACAGCAAGCUAACCAUGCUUCUGCGGGAAUCUCUGGGCAACAUGAACUGCCGCACCACCAUGAUUGCUCACAUCUCCGCCUCACCCAGCAAUUUUUCAGAGACGCUUUCCACCAUCCAGAUAGCUUCACGAGUGCUUAGGAUGAAGAAAAAGAAAGCUAAGCAAUACACUUCAAGCUCCUCAGGGGGAGAGAGCUCCUGUGAGGAGGGAAGAAUACGAAGGCCCACCCAACUGAGGACACUCCAUUUCCAGAAUGUAGUGGAUUCUGAGCUCCCUUUACUGCACCUCUCUAGUGACCAUGAUGAUUACUCCAGCAGUGAACACUCCUGUGACACAGUCAUUUAUGUAGGGCCUGAUGGCACUGCCCUUUCAGACAAGGAACUGACAGACAAUGAGGGGCCCCCUGAGGUUGUACCCAUUGUCCCCUCUCUGCAGAAGAACAGAAAUGAGAAAGGGGGGACGCCAUUACGACCACCAUUGCAGGAGCCACCACCCACUCAGCAGAAGUUGCAGCAGGAGCCUCCAAGUGAGGACAGUCAGACGGGCAAGCCUGAGCAGGACUGCCUGAAAUGCAACACAUUUGCAGAGCUGCAGGAACGACUGGAGUGCAUUGAUGGAAGCGAGGAGGUCAGCCGUUUCCCCUUUGAGGAGGUGCCAGCUACUAAGUCCCCCAAAGGUGACCUCUCCUCAACCCAGUCUCAGACAAUCAGAUAUGGUCAGGAGAAACAUCAGGCAAAGAAGCACUUGCAUAACCAACAGCAAGACAACAUCCAAGAGGUGACGGUGGAGGCAGAGAUGACUCAAUGCAUAAUCCAGAGCUUUACUCAGUCUUCACCUGGCAACAGUGAAUUGUCCAGCAACAGGUGUGUGCCAGGAGGCAGCAACAGCAUUUUGCCAAUUGACCCCCUGCAGAAAACACAGACUCUUAAUGAAAACAAAGAAUCUCUCAGUACGGUCAACCACAGUGAGAGCAAAGUUCGGAACAUGGGCUCUCCUAGGCUGGGCAUUGCCAGCUUGACAAAAACAUCUGAGUACAAGCCACCGUCUUCCCCAUCUCAGCGUUGCAAGGUAUACACUCAAAAGGGAAUCUUGCCUAGUAUGUCAUCAGCAUCAUCACUGAGUUCAACUGGAAAAUCCUCUACAGAGUCCUUGCUGCAACCCGAGGCUAGGAUCUCUCCUGUUGGCAUGGGUCCACAGGUUAUCAAGAAGUCUACCUCCUCGUCUAGUAUGGGCUCCAGUGACAUGCAAAGUGAAAAUCCAGUUCAGCCUGCUUUAGAGAAUAAGGUAGAAGUCCAAACCAGCACAACUUUGACAGUACAGCAGCCACUAGAAUUGAAUGGAGAAGAUGAGCUUGUAUUCACACUGGUGAAAGAGCUCAGCAUAAGUGGUUUGGUGGAAAAUGGUAGGCCCACAAGCAUCAUCAGUUUCAACAGUGAUUGCUCAGUCCAGGCCUUAGCCUCGGGAUCCAGGCCUGUCAGUAUCAUCAGCAGCAUCAGUGAGGACCUGGAUGGCUUUCCUAUCACUUCCUCAUCCACCACCACAGCAACCUCAGCAGUAAGCAUCACCACAUUUUUGCCUCUCUCCAAGGUGCACAAUACACUAUCACCUAGUCAGCACUCCUCCAUAAACUCCUGGCUUAGGGAUUUGGACAGCAGCCAUAAUAAAGAGCAGCCCUGUACCAAUUUCACAGUUCAACCAUGCUGUAAUCAGAGAAAAAAUCAGGUUGAACCACUUAAAUAUAACCUUCCAGAAGUGCAGAUUGACACUGAAGGAAAGACCUCUGAGACCGAUGGUCAUACUGCUAAAGUUAAUGAAAAGUCUGAAGUAUCUAAAGAAAUUCCUCAUUUUGGCAAAGCAACAGUUACCAUUUCCAGCGUUCAAAAUUUGGCAAACUCAAAAGACCUGGUCCCUAUCAAGGCAAUAAUUACUGUUAAUCCUUGUGAUGUACUUAAAACAGCAGUGAAGCACGAUUCUGCUGAAAUGUCCCAGUGCAUGAAAACCACACAAAUACAAGAUCUAAAGACUCCUCCAGUCUCCAUUUCCAGCAAAAUAAAGUUUGAGGAUCCAUGGAUGAAAAGAGAAAAAGAGGAGUCAAAAUUCAAAGAAAAUGUUUGUGUGGUUAAACCAGAAAUUAAGACUUCCUGUUCCGAGACAAACAAGAGGCAAAUAGAGAGUUGUGUCCCUGAGAAAAAAGGCUUCUUGGGUGACUCUCUGAAAAGAGUGGUGGAUGGUUGCGAAAUAGUGUUGAACACACCUGAUAGUCUGACCCCUGUGUGCAAAGAAGAUAUUCUCAGGACUGCAAGCCUUCCUAGAGGUUGGCAUCGUCUCAACAGGCAGGAUGAGCCUGAGGAGCCCUCGUCUCAUUACUUCUAUGGAGAAUACAACAGCCUAGGUGUCACAACAUCCACUCCAUGCAGUCCAAGGGCUACUCUGGAAAGGAAAGGAUUGUCUGCAAAGCAGAGUAUCUUUGCACGGACAAAGGGCAUCCCACCCUUACCACCUGUACGAAGGUCUAGUCUAGACCAGAGGAACCGUGUAAACCUCCAGUUUGGUACUGGCAACACUUCUACACUCAACCAGACAUUAACCUUCAUUCGCAGCCCAGCUGAUGAUGUAGGCAACAAUGGGAAACUAAAAAGUACAAAUGUAGAAAGCAGCAAGCUCUUCAGUGCAAAGCUUGAACAACUGGCUAACAGGACUAGCUCUCUAGGGAGAUCUCAUGCAGCUGGAAACUAUGACUGUUUCUCUCUGGAGAGGGCUGAUAGCUUGAUGUCAGUAGGAUCCAGGAGCAGCACUGGGAGGGACUGUACUAUGCCACGAGUUGGCCGAAGCUUACGACGGAGUUCAGUGUCCUCACCGCCUAAUGCAUCCCCUGGCAAUAACACACCACAGUCACCAAAGGCCAGCCCAUCCAAAAUCUCAGCUGUCAGUAAGCUUCUAAUGGCCAACCCCAAAGCUCGCAGUUUGUCUGCUUCCAGCACUAAGACCCUGAGCUUCUCCACCAAGUCUCUCCCACAGUCUGUAAACAGGAGCUCCAGCUUGCCUCCCAAUGGGAAGAACCAAAAUCAAGGCUCAUGGUCAACUCAGUCCUUGAGUCGGAGUCGGGGAUCAGGGUUGGCCUCCAAACUUCCUCUGAAAGCUGUGAAUGGGCGUAUCUCUGAACUCCUCCAGGGUGGCUCCUCUCGUGGUGGCCAUGGCCGCAGAAACUCAGGUGUUGAUGAUGGUGGUGUGCUGCAGGGGGAGGAAAGGCAGGCCACCCAGACUUUGCCCUCUCCUUAUAGCAAAAUCACUCCACCCCGCAGGCCCCACCGUUGCAGCAGUGGCCAUGCCAGUGACAACAGUAGUGUGCUGAGUGGAGAAUUGCCGCCUGCUAUGGGAAAGACUGCCUUGUUCUAUCACAGUGGGGGCAGCAGUGGAUAUGAGAGUAUGUUGCGGGAUAGUGAAGCCACAGGGAGUACCUCCUCUGCUCAAGACUCAACAAGUGACAACAGCAGCUCAGUAAGUGGACACAGGAGUGUCAAGAAUCAAAAGAAAAAAAACAACACUGGGUCCCAAAGGCGACGGCUGAUUCCUGCACUCUCAGUUGAUACAGCUUCCCCUGUCAGAAAGCCAGUCAUCAGUCCUGGAGUACGCUGGGUAGAUGGCCCUCUGAGACCCUCUCAGAGAGGCCUGUCUGACACCUUUGAGAUUAAAGUCUAUGAAAUUGAUGACGUGGAGCGACUACAGAGGAGAAGGGGUGUGGCCAACAAGGAAAUGGUCUUGUUUAGUGCUAAACUGAAGAUCCUAGAACACCGACAGCAGCGCAUCUCCGUGGUGCGGGCCAAGUACGACUGGUUGAAGAAGGAACUGGAGCAGACCAAGCAGCACUUGAUGAUAGCCCCGGAGAAGUGGACUAAUGAAUUUGAUUUGCAGCAGACGUUUGAGGUGGACUCUCUGGAGUACCUGGAAGCCCUGGAGUUUGUCACUGGGAGACUGGAAAACCGAGUUAAUUUCUACAAGGCGCAUCUCAUGAUGAUAACAUGCUUUGAUGUGACCUCCAGGCGGCGAUAGAGGAGGAGAUGGCACAAACCUCAAGAGCUGCGAACACCCAUUGGAGGUUUAAACAAUGCCAGAGUGAUGUUCGGAAGAUGGAGUAGUGGAAAGAGCUCUGUGCUUACCUAAUGCUCAUGUUAGUGUAAAGGAGGACAUAGAAGAUAACGGAUUGACUCAGCGGGAAUUACUAUGGGAUGUGUACGAAGCCAGGAAAUCAGUUGUAUUAAGAAACAUUUUGUGGUAUUUAGUUGUUCUAUUUCAUAUAAAUAGGGCUUUCCCUAUUUACUUGCAGUCAGUAAACUUGAGAUGUUAGGAGAAUGUUGAGGGAAAAGAAAGUUUAAAAAUAAACGAGAGAAAGAGAAGUAGAGAAGUGCCUUGUAAUGACUCCAUUUUCCAAACAUAUCUGAUUACGUGUACAGACAAUACUAGCUUAUGUAAAUCAAAAAUAAAUAUACACAUAAUUUUCAUUUCAUUCAUAGGAUUGUUUACCCUGUACUGUUUAUGCUUGCCGGGAAGGACAGCUAGUAUUGAUAUAUGUGGUUUUCUCAAAUCUGUUGUCUUGAAAGAUUUUUGCAAGAACUUUGAGAAAACCUUGAUGAGAAGCAAAAGAAUAACAAAGGGAAAAGGCUUAAUAUUAGUAACAAGUUCUGGCACAGUGGUUUUGUUUUUCCUGCAGCCAUGCUUUCGGAUGACCCGAAGAACCAAUGGGGCGGCCACUUCACUGUCUGCAUGCAAGUGGUACAUGAGUAUUGUGCCGCUGGAAGUUCACCUGCUCAAAACAAGUUGUUGCAGGAAAUCACUGUCAUCCUUGUAAAUGACUGUCAUGCUAGGUAAUAAAAAUUAACCUAUUAAGUUGAGCACGGUGGAGAUAAUGUCUGGAGAACUGUUGCUGAAAGCCUCUUGAAGCUGUCAGUGUCACCUCUUAAGCAUGUAAAAAUUUUACUUGUCAGAGAAUCAUGCUUAAUUCCAUUAGCUGCGGUAGAUAUAUUUGACUGUUAUGCAGUAAUAUGCAGCUGGAGAAUUUUGUCGCAUUAAUUUGUUUUUCAUCAGGCGUUCUCCAGGUAGUAUUGCCAAGAGCUUCAGCACACAAGGACUCAAGGCAUGGAUAUACAUGACCGAAAUUGACUGCAAUUUUGCCACAUGAUAGGUUGUCGCUUCACUAUCAGAUCAUAUAAUGUGUUGUUGCCUCUGGGGUGCCUAUGAACGCAAGAAAAUCCCAUUUUCUCUUUACUCUAAUACAGUCAACUAUUGCAAACACAUGGUGCUUAUUAUCAGCUCAGCUACAAUUUUUGUAAAUAUUAAUUCAUAUUUUCAUUUAAUAACACUUUCAUUUUUCAGAAUCACAUACAUACUCUUACUUCAUAUAUCAUUCCUUACCUGCAUCAUUUGUAACCAAUGUAAUUUAUUUCCAAACUCAGGAGGCUAGACUUGCGUAUAUUAAAGUAUUUAUUUACACUUGUUUGCAAAGUGCUAUGCAUUGAAAACUGUAUAACAGCAGUUGCCAUUUCAUAUAUAGUGUAUAUAGAAAAUUCCUGAAUAAACUAUCAUUAUAUCAGUAUGCAUUUUCACCUAUUACUGUAGUAUUUUUAUCCACCAGUCUGUGGAUGCUGUGUCAGUGUUCCUAGUUACAGACAUUAAUCAUCGGCAUCUUUUCAAUGUGAGACUAAAAUGAUAAACACAGAUUGUCAUACAGUCUGGUUUAUGGUGCAUAGUAGAGUGAAUGUUUUUUAUGAAAUUUUCUCAAAUGAUUGACAAACUACAACACUGAUUUUUGUUAUCAACAGUUCUACCAUUUUGUGUCUGGCAGAAUUCCCUUCACGUAUAGGAAAUUGUUGUCAAUAAUUACCCACAUGCUGACAUUGUGUUUGUGUUGUUGUGUUAUGUACAGCCAGCCAGAAAAGCCCUUGUAUAUGAAUCAAGCUGCCAUCCAGUUAAUUUCAAUUAAAGAGAAGAAUGACAUUCUGAAGAUUAAUUAAAUAAAGAA